UUUUCUGACAAAAAAAAAUAAUUACAACCUGUUGAAAUCAAAACUAUAAUAAAUCAGCCGUGUGCGUAUCGAGUCCUCUCUGAGUCAGUUGUGUUUUGGCGGUUAAAGCAGCUGGUCGUGUUUGCUCUAUAAAAAUAUUUAUAUUAAUUUUCACUCUCGGGUGAACACUUUUGUUAAAUUAAUUUAAUUUUCUUCAGUCAAGUUUCCUGCCUGUUCAAUUUUUAUUGAAAAAUUGAUUAUCAAAUGUAAUCAAAAUCAAGACUUAACUAUACUAUACAGUGUAGUUUUUUAUUAUUGUGGUUAAUUGAAAAGGUUACUUUAUCACUUGAUUCUUGCUGAAUCAUUUAUAAGUAACAUGUUGACCAGGGUACCAAUAUUGAAAGCAGUCAAAAAAGUCCAAUUUUUAAAUAAUACUCUUGAAACCAUUUGCCAAGUUUCAACUAUGUCUAAAUUCGAUUUACCUCAACGUUUUAUAGGAAAUGAUAAGUCAGUGUGGACUGAGUACAUUGGACUAGCAUUGAAAUAUAAUCCUCUGAAUCUUGGACAAGGCUUUCCUGAUUUUCAUGCUCCAGAAAAUGUUAGAAAAGCUUUAUCCAGUGUACCACUAAGUGAAAAUCCAUUAAUGAAUCAGUAUACAAGAGGUUUUGGACAUCCAAGAUUGGUAAAUGCAUUGUCAAAAGUUUAUUCUAAAGUCUUAAAUCGUAAACUAGAUCCAAAUAAUGAAAUAAUUGUAACUAGUGGAGCUUAUGAAGCUCUUUAUGCUGCUUUACAAGGUCAUACUUCUCCUGGAGAUGAGUGGGUUAUCAUUGAACCAUUUUUUGAUUGCUAUGAACCAAUGAUAAGAAUGGCUGGAGGAGUUCCAAAAUUUAUUGCAUUAAAACCAAUAAAAACCAGUGGUCAAAUUACAUCUGGAAAUUGGAUAUUUGAUAGACAGGAAAUGGCAAGCUUAUUCAAUAAAAAGACAAAAGGCAUCAUUGUAAAUACUCCACACAAUCCAGUUGGCAAGGUUUUUACCCUUGAUGAAUUACAAUUCAUUGCUGACCUUGCUAAAAAAUGGAAUACCCUUGUAGUUUCUGAUGAAGUUUAUGAGUGGAUGGUUUAUAAACCAUAUGAACAUAUUCGAAUGGCUACAUUGCCUGAUAUGUAUGAAAGAACUAUUACUAUUGGAUCUGCGGGUAAAACAUUCAGUGUAACUGGUUGGAAAAUUGGAUGGGCAUAUGGACCAACCAAUUUAUUAAAAAACUUGCAAGUUGUUCAUCAAAAUACAGUGUAUACUUGUCCAACGCCAAUUCAAGAAGCUGUUGCUAUAGGGUUUGAAGAAGAAUUUAAAAGAUUUGGACAGCCAGACUGCUAUUUUACUAGUUUAGCAGAAGAAUUAUUGCCAAAAAGAGAUUACAUGGUAAAAUUUUUAACUGAAGUUGGUAUGUCUCCCACAUUACCAGAAGGAGGAUAUUUCAUGGUAGCUAAUUGGACUGCAUUAGCAGAUAAAGUUAAUCUUGAUGAAGAAACAGAUAUUUAUAAAGACUAUAAAUUUACUAAAUGGAUGACAAAAAAUGUUGGAGUUCAAGGCAUUCCUCCAUCGGCUUUUUACAGCGAUGCACAUAAACAUUUAGGCGAGGAUAACGUUCGUUACUGUUUUAUCAAGAAAGAUGAAAAUCUUCGAAAGGCCGCUGAUAUUUUAAUGAAAUGGAAGACCAAACAAUAAAGCUCAUUCGGAUAAAAGAAAAGUUAAACAACGGAAAUAAAAACAGCCUCAGAGAUAGACAAUAUUGUAUAUUUGUACAGAUGUUAAACAUUUUUUCCACAUUUUAUACAAUGUAAUAUAUUUUAUAUACUUAUCAAAUCAGAUUGAUUUUUGA